AAACCCAUAUGUCUCUGCUACAGAAAAUGUAGUUGAGCAGUUUCCUGACAACACCACUCAGAAUCCUAAUGCUACUAAAUCUGACAUGGAUACAUCUGGGGGGUUAGCUGUUGGAUGCCCUGCUGAAAAUGAAUCUGACCCAAAAGGAUGGAUGAUCGGCCCAUUCUUUAAGUCAUUCAGGUCGAAGGUGGCCUGUUUCACAGAGAUAGUCAUGAGUCCUGUUAAACUCUUCAAAGGUAAUAGUCCUUCACCGUCCAUGGACUAUGCAGACAAACUCAGUGAGAUAGAGGCCAAUGGAACCUGUGAUGUUGAGCACUCAGAUCCAAGCAAUGUGUUUCAUUCAAAAGAACAAAGUGAGGACAGUCAUCAGCAGAGACUCAGCAAUGAAGAAAGUGCACCUAACACAGAAACUGUUGGUGUUAAAUAUUCUAAAGAAUUGUUUGAUGUGGAGUUGUCAACACAUAUCUCUGAAUCUGUGCCUUUGCGACACAGCCCCUCACCCUGCAUCGGUUUUGAGAAGAUUUCAGAAUCUGUUGCAUCUGAUAUUAGGUCCUCUGUCAGUUUAAGUGCCUCACAUGAAACCAAGUCAACGAUAUCCAAAACUAUGGAGGAGCAGAACAGCAAACAGUGUACCCAGCUAAAACCUCUACCUAGGAAACGAACAGGAAAUAGAUCUGAAUUUAAGAAGUUUUCCUCUAAGACUCUUAAACCUGAAGUCAAACAGGAAGAGUCUGACCCAGAGGUUAGUGAUGAGCAAAUCAAAUCAAACAAGGCUGAUUCAAGUGAUACUGACAAAACUCUGUUAUCUUCUGUCUGUUACACUCAGCUUGAUGCAGACUCUCUCCAGCCUGAUGAUGAUGAUGAUGAUGGCAAGAAAAUAGAAAGUUGUAGCGUAGUUCAAAGCCUCCAGAGUACUUUAAAUAACAGUGCUAAUGAAAGAACACUGAUGCUCACUACAGAUACUCAGCAGUUUGAGUAUUCAGCAGGUUUUGGGGGAGCUAAGAAGGGGCUGGAACUGCAAAGCCAUUCCCAAGACUUGGAGAAGAGGACAAAACUGAGAGGAGAUAUAGGUACAGAGAAUGCAGAAAACCAAGAGUUAAAUGUGGCGUCAGAUAGUGGCUUGUUGAGGGAGCGAAGUUCAGCAAGAAGGAAUGUCGUGUUGACAAAAACAGUUGUAGACAGGGAGGAAACACUGGAGCCUGCUAGAAAAAGGCAGGUUGUUUCAACAAGAGCAAAUGGGAAAGGAAAAUGUAGACAUGAAAUGCUUCCAGUGAUAAAUGAAGCAGGGUCAAAGACUCGGACUGAAUGUUUCCCUGCUGUUGUGUUGGAUCACAUACUGGAUAAAAGCAGUGGUGUGUCAGAGAAUGGCCAAAAAGUCUGCAGUACCAGCAAGACAAAGCCCAGUGGCUCAUGCAAACAAGUGAAAAUGACGGCAACAGGUCUUGGUAAAAGUGAUGCAAGUAACAGUAUGGAACUUGAAACCACUGUGGAAGUAAUUUCUGUGCAACAAACGGAGCAGGAGCCGUUACCAGAAGCUCUUAAUGUAAAGCAGCUCCACAAUACAGACAAGUGCAGGAAUAUUAACAAGAAGCCGCUAAAACGUAAAGCACCUUUUCAGGCAGGUUUGUUGAUUGAAUCGGACAGCACUUUGGUUUCUACCUCAUCAGUAGUAUCAUUGGAGCUAUUAAAACACAAGCCCAUAGAUUUUAAUACCACUCUGCCUGUUCAGAGAAAGGAGAACUCAAAAACAGGGUUCAGCCAAACGUCCAAGAGACGCAAUAAGAGCUUUAGAAGUGGCGUUAAAUCUUUUGAGUCAGGUGGGGCUCAAGAGACGAAGCAGUGUAUCAGUAAUCUCUGUGUGAUAACUGAAGAAAGCCAGUCUACACGCCCUGUGGACCCUGUUUGUUUUGAAAGAAAUCGUGAACCUGUUGUUUCACCCUCCCAACCUCACCUAAACUGUAGUGUACUAUUAAAUAUUGAAGUUAAACAUUUCAUGGAUAAGAAAGAAAAGGAUACUGCUUCUUUGUCACAUAAAGUGUUUACCAGUGACAAUGAAACCAGUAAGCAUAGCAGCAUCAGUGUCUCUAGGCUAAGAUCUGGUGCAAGAAAGGUGCAGCCAAGGUUAACGGAUAAGCAAAGGAGAAGGUCCCUAGGUUUGCAAAAUAAGAGGCAUAAAGUUGAAGAGGCAACAAGCUCUGUCACUAUGGAGGAUGCACAUGUGACGACAGCAAGUGCAAGCUCAUCAGAAAAUGGCUUUGCAAGGCGCCUGUUGCGCAGCUACUCCUGCCCAGAGAUCCCUGCCUUCCAUCCCUAUGACACAGCCUGGACCGCCUCACCUCAUUCAACACAUCACAGCUGGACGCGCACGUCACAACAGCAUCAGGCUCCCCACACUCCCUAUCUCCCCAAUGCCAACAGAUCCCUCCAGCGUGCUCGUCGCCACACUGUUUGCAUUGUGGAGGUAGAGAGAGAGAUUGCCCCUCUCUGUCUUCGUAAGGAGGUGUACCCAUCCCGAAGAGCUGCUCCGUAUGGCAGUGUCGCCAAACAACCGUCUCCUAAUUUCGCAUUUUCCCUCAGCACUUCCCUCUCAGCCCUUGCCUCAUCUUUCCUUUCCAGCCCACUGGCUUUCCUUUCCAAGAAAGCUGACAGCAGAAGUUCUGCUGCCAAUCCCAGCACUAACAAUCAUGUGUCCUCUCCCACCUCCGCCUCCUCACCAACAUCCCUGUUGAGCUCCUCCACAUGUCACCUUCCAGGAUUCCUCCAGAGAAUUGACUCCCCUCAGGCUACCUUGGACUCUAGUAGCAGUGGGAAUCCACUGGCGUGUGAGACCGAGAGGAGACCACAGAGUGAGGAGGAGGAUGAUUGUGAAUGCACAAGCUCUUCCAGUCAGGAGUAUGAAGAUAUUGGACUGAGAGAGGAAAAGGCCCUGUCUGAUUCUGAAAUCAAGGCAGCGCAAAAGCAUGAGGAACGAGGGAAAGUGUCAUCUAUCAGAAUCCGGAAAACUUUACCCAAACCUCAGAACAACCUGACACCCAUGGGCUUGCCCAGACCCAUCAGGCUGAAAAAGAAGGAGUUUAGUUUGGAAGAAAUUUACACCAAUAAGAAUUUCAGCAAACCCCCUGAAAGUCGGCUGGAGACCAUCUUUGAAGUGCCUCUAAAUCGCCGAAAUGGUUCGGAGUCCUGGUUUGGCCAGAAGCGCAUCAAGCGAUUUUUGGAGUUCCUGGAGGCUGGUGAGGCCAGAAAACCAAAGAAGCCACUCGUCGGUGCUGGAAAGACAGUGAUCUCAUCUUCCAGAACAAGACGAGGAAGCUUCACUAAAGACGAACCGUCCCUAACCAUGCAGGAUGUGGACUCGGUACUCUGUGCCAAGCUCGACGAGCUGAAUUUGUGGUUGACACGUGAAUCGGAGAGACAGUUGACAGAUGCCUCAUAAAAGGUGAUUUAUCAGCCAUUGAGUAGAGAUAAUCCUGUCUUGACGUUGUGUAUUUUCCACAUGAAGACUCACGUGCAUCUUUCAGCUUUUUUUGUCUUUGUCACCAUGGUCUGUAUAUAAAUGUUAUGGUAACAAGUUAUUAUUGAAUUACAUUUUCAUUCUGCAGCGUUUGGGGCGUGCAUGUCGAAGAGCAAUACAUAAUUUUAUCAUUACAGCACAAACCUUUGCCAUUCGUUCUUUCUAUCAGCAGUAAGUGAAACUGUCUUGAUACAAAUGCUGACACCCUUGAUGUAAACCUUUUAUAGAGUAUGUUUUGUCUGAAAUCUCAGUCUUGUCCCCAGAUUGUUACAAACUCCCUUCAACGGGGAGUGAUGAUGCUAUUUUGCUGCAAUUACCGUUUCUUUUCAAAAAUACCAAUGCAGUUUACAUCUCGUUGGUGUUGUGCUGUCGGGUUUGAUAGACAGCAGUGUAUCACAUAAGUAGUAGUGACUUUGCAGCAUCAUCGUAGGUUAUUGUAAAGGCAGAUAUUAUUCAAUUAAAUGCUGACUAGAUCUUUUCAGAUGCCAGCAAGAGAUUUGUGUUCACUUCAGCCAGUUUCACAACCAUGUUUCUGUCCAUGAAGUUUAUGAACGGUGAGUCUGCAAAUAGCAAGGAAAUUGUAAAUCUUUUUUUCUAAGCUCAGUGCAGACCUUCAUCAGUUAUUUGGUUAACUGUAAUUUAUGGUUGGAGAGGUUUUUGUUGUGUAAAAUGUAACAUGGACGCACUGCAGCACUCGAGCUUUUCUAAUAAAGAGUGGACAUGUCGAGA